AUGCGUUUGACAGCGACUAAAGCUCCGUCAGAGGAAAUGUCCCUGACGAAUCGCGCCUUCAUCAAUAGUCGGGAAUACGCGGACACACUGCGCUACAGCACUCUUCACACUGGCGUGGCAUCCUACGUCUUCCGUGUGGACCCCAGCGAUAAGGUGCCUCCGAGCAAGAUUGGUUUCGGGUUAGCUCAGCGCAAAUGGGCGAAUAUUUCGCUAGAACAGACGCUCAGCCUUGAUCCCUGCAAAAUCUCGCCGGACACCUAUCUUAGUCUAGCCCACUUCACUGUUGAAAUGUAUGGGAAGAAACCGGGACCACGGGACCCCAUAAACUCGGACAUCCUCUCACAACAGUUUUCCAUGCACAUGGGCGAUCUACCUUUAACCGUUGGACAACCUCUUCUCUUCAGAUUUGACCAACUCCUUCUCUCCAUUGUCGUCAAGUCGCUCUCGGCAAUCUCUCUGAAGGAGGGGGACAAGAAGUGUCAGUUUGGUCUGCUGACGGGUAAUACGAUAGUUACGUGGGAGCGUGCGCCCGACUGUACCCUUCUCUUCAUCGGCAAGGCAAUGCACGGUGACGGUGGUGGUGCCGGUGGUACCAUGAGCAUCAUCAACCCCAAUUGGGACUUUGCUCAAAUGGGCAUCGGCGGUUUGGACAAGGAGUUCUCAGAAAUCUUCCGCCGCACUUUCGCCUCCCGCAUGUUCCCACCUGAGGUAUCUCAACAACUCGGCAUGAAACACGUGCGAGGCAUUCUGCUCUACGGCCCACCGGGCACGGGCAAGACGCUGAUGGCGCGACAAAUCGGGAAGAUGUUGAACGCACGGGAGCCCAAGAUCGUUAAUGGACCGUCCAUCCUCGAUAAGUACGUCGGAGAGUCGGAAGCCAAUAUCCGAAAACUCUUUGCGGAUGCUGAGGAGGAGGAGAAGCGACUGGGACCCCACUCCGCUCUCCACAUCAUCAUCUUUGAUGAGAUUGACGCUAUCUGCAAGACCAGAGGCUCUGUUGUCUCGGGUGCAGGAGUUCACGAUACAGUGGUGAAUCAACUACUCACCAAGCUGGAUGGUGUGGAUCAGCUUAACAACAUCCUCGUUAUCGGUAUGACAAAUCGACGCGAUAUGAUUGACGAGGCCCUCCUUCGACCUGGUCGUCUUGAGGCAUUACAGAUACAGCUGGAGAUCUCGCUGCCGGAUGAGGAAGGUCGUCUACAGAUUCUCAAGAUUCACACGGCCAAAAUGGCUGCCUCAAAGAAACUUAGUUCCGAUGUUAAUUUGAAGGAGCUGGCAGCCCGAACGAAGAACUUUAGCGGCGCAGAAAUUGAGGGCCUCUGCCGGGCUGCCGCCUUCACCGCUAUGUACCAAUUUGUGAAGCCCUCUGGCAAGGAGAAGAUCGAUCCAGAUGCCUUUGAGAAGCUCCUCAUCAAGCGCUCCGAUUUUAUGUACGCCCUUGAGAACGACAUCAAACCGAUGUUUGGCACAGCGGAAGAGGAGUUGGCGUACUACGCGCCGCGCGGUCUCAUGAACUGGGGCGAGCCAGUGACGCGUGCUCUUUCCAUGGGCGAUUUGGCGGUGCGUGCAGCAGGCGGCAGUGGGAUUGGUGGCGGUGGGACUUCAGCGCCCGAAACUCAUCGGCCGAUCACAUUGCUACUAGAGGGAGCGCCAAAGGCGGGUAAAACCGCCCUCGCGGUGGAGAUUGCGCGUCGCUCUGGUUUCCCUUUCGUUAAGAUAGUCACCUCUCACAGGAUGAUCGGUUACACGGAGACUGCUAAGUGUAUGGCCAUCAAAAAGGCGACCUCCCGCAUCAACCAUUCCAAAGUAAUCGGUGCUGUAAGACAAGCACCCACGAGCCGGCCGUACCAGUCAUCGAAGUUCUAUGCACGUGAGAAGGUACCUGACCGCAAUGUCACUGAUCCCUCUUGGCAACUCUGCAGAAUCUCCAGUUUCGUCCUGUAUGGGAACCGGGUUAAGGGCUACGGGGGCUACAGUUAUGGCCCGGAGGCCAGACAGCCCGGGAGUGGGGGCAUAAUGGCGGAGCUCUUUAGGUUGAUCGAUCUCUUGAACUUUCUCUCCGUCAGCUCGAUCUUUGACGAUGCAGUCAAAUCACCAAUGAGCGUGGUGAUUGUGGACAACAUCGAGGGUCUCAUUGAGUACAACCCCGUGGGGCCGCGCUUCUCCAACUACAUGGUGCAGGCCCUCAAAGAUCUUGUCUCGCAGCCCCUGCCAACGGGUCGGAAGAUGUUGGUACUGGCAACGACGAGCAUGCGGGAGGCUAUGGAGGAGCAGCAGUUGACACGCGCCUUCGCUUGGCACCUUCAUGUCGGUAUGAUGUCGACGCCAGAGCACAUCCUCGCAGCGUUGGAGGAGGACCAGCGAUUCACCCCCCAGGAGUGCCGUGUCAUCGAGCAGAACCUCGUCCAGCGCAAAAGCGGACAGGACUGGUCAAUCAGGGCAAUGCAUAACUUAGAAGAUCGCUACUCUGUGAUUAACGCUACCCGCUAUCCAGAAUUGCACAUUCGAGAUGUGACGGAGGCAGAUCUGUCCGAUCUGCAGGUGCGGUGCGUGUUGCAGUCGAUCGUGGACGAGAGUCGGGAGAUUCGAAGACAGGAAACGGGUCAUUUGCAGCCAUUCGGGUUCUUCUUUCCAUACGAGGAGGUUCGCAGUCAAAGCACGGAUGUGGAUGUGAUUGUGGGUUCCACGGUGGAACUUCCCUGGGUCGUUGAGAGCUAUCAGAGUCUUCGAGUCCAAUGGUACUGGCAACCGACCUCUCCAUCUUCAAGUCAGGGGAGGGUUCCACUUAGUCCAUCAGUUUCGAUCGAGGAAAAAGCCGUCUUAACACGACCCUGGGGUUCACGGGUCGAGUUCGUCCAGGGGGCCUAUGGAAAUCUUCGUCUCAUCAACGUCUCUAUAGACGACGCUGGUCAGUAUUCCUGCGAAGCUCCCUAUCCAGCUAGAUUGCCGGCGGUGGUGUAUACCCUUAAGAUUCGUGCUCCAAUUGAUGUUCGUGUCACACCUCAUGAAAGGGUCUGCGAUUUUGGUACCCGUGUGGAGCUAGAGUGCCUUGUUUCCGGCUAUCCACAUCAAAUAAUUUACUGGCUACACAAUGCUAAACCUCUCAAACUGACGUCCAGUCCCUCCUCCUCCUCUUCUUCUUCUUCCUCCUCCUCGUCCUCUUCCAGUCGUCACAGCGUUCAACGUCGCGAAACUAGCGGCGUUCAGACGGUGCGAGAACGGCUCGUAAUCAAUUCCUUCAGUUUGGAAGACGCGGGAGUUUAUCAGUGUGUUGCGGAGAGCACUCUGGCUGACGACGCGACCACACCGACCGCGAAAACAAAUCGUGGAUCAUCGUCGUCUUCUGCUGCUUCGACCUCGUCUUCUUUGAUCGUUGCCGCGACGACAGCUGUCACUAAGGUGCCAAUGGCGACAGAGAAGAUGGAAGAGGGGAGAGUGUCAGUGGGGGACUUGGUGGAUAAUGCGCAGGACACCUCACACUUAGUUAUGGGCAAAAUGAAGCCAAUGCGGGUCUUUCAGUCAUCCGAAACUGCCGAGGCGUUCACGGCGACAUCGCAGAUUCUUCUAUCCAAGUCACGAGGCGAUUUGAAUGCCACACUGGAGUGUCGUUUUGCCGCCAAUCCGCUGCCAACAAUUCGAUGGUUCCGAGAUGAUCUGCCACUGAGUCACGAAGUGGAGAUGGCUGAUGACAAAGGCGUGGUGGUCUCGGAGGUGGUUAAGGACGCGCAUCGACCCUACUCGCUAAUUACGCGGCUGAGGAUCGAUUUGAACCAGGUCCCACCAUGGGAUGAAUUGUGGCAAUAUGGUGGUGAGUAUCGGGCAGUCGCGAACAACUCUCUUGGCUCCGCUGACUGCCGGACUUUCCUUCUGUUGGACACGCCUUUGCGUCUUCGUCCCGUGGAUUCCAGCAAACCGGCCAUUGCUGGACGGUUCCAUGACUUGAAAUGCUACUUUAUCGGAAGUGGCAUACCCAAACUCCAAUGGCACAGGAUUAAGAACGGCCAACGGAUCGAGCGGAUUCCGGUUGAUCACCGUCACGCCCUACUAGAAAAUGCUCGAGUUCUUCGAAUCACUGAGGUGAAUAAGGAGCAGGACGAGGCGGACUAUCGAUGCACUGCAGUGCAUGGCGAUAUGACUGAUAAUAUCACCAUUACACUCAAGGUUUCACGUGCUCCACGAAUUCAAGACCUGCCUGAGGUUCAACGUGUUCAAGGGGGACGCCAGAGUCUGACAUACAGCUGCGCCACGCAAAAUCAUGCUGAUAAGCCCUGGUAUGCAUGGUGGCGUUUUCAACUUGAAGGCUCUGACGAAGUCAUCGAUCUUCCACCCGAUGCUCCGUUGAAUCCUGGUGCCUUUCAGGUCUCGUACGCAGCAGAUUUGCAUCAGACAGAGCGUAGGCCGCUCUCUGAGGGUCUGCGACGUCAGCUACCUCAGUUUGUGCACGCAAGACCAAAUUCUGUGGUGCAUGUGAGAAUUGAACAAUUGAAUAAGCGACAGCAUCAAGGAAUACUGACAUGCAAGAUUGUGAACGAAGUGGGCUAUGAUGAACGACCUAUUCGAGUGACUUUCAUACCCGAAUUAGAAUUUGAAAUUCGGCCGCCAAAUAAGCAGGAUGUGACUCUAGCACAAAACAUCUCCAUCAAUUGCACAGCUAAGCCGUCAGAACUUACUCCAAUGAUUGUGUGGAAGUACUCAGAUGAAAGCGAGUGUCUAGAUUCGACCUUUUCCAGCGUUUUUUGUACUGGAGAUUUUAAAGAACUAGGCAGCCUGACGGAAAGAACAGAGGGUCGGAUCUAUCAGGAGUCGAACGGAACGUUGGUGAUUUCACAAGUUGAAGAAUCGGAUCCUAGGAAAUUUUUGUGCUUCCUCACACCAAAAGAAUCGACCACUGCUACACCAAUCAGUGUAGCUGUCAAUCUGGAAAUCCACGUUCCUGCACGAAUUGAGCCCCUUAAGGACGUUGACGCAGUUCGCGGUUCCAAGUUCAACCUCACCUGCGUAGUGCAUGGCGACGCCAAUGAGUUGCAAGCAGAUUGGUAUUAUCGGUCAAUCAGCGUUGGCGACGGUGGCAACAGCCAAUGGCGGCUGAUCAAUCAGACCUGUGUGCUUCCAGCCAGUUACGGAGAUGCAGAGAAUGCUGCUUUGGCUCUGGCCUCAUCUUCUCCUGAUGUCCUCGCAAGCGACCUGUUGACUUGUCAGAAAAGUGCGGCUGGGAGGUUUGAUAGUGGCGUGAUUUUUAGACAGGUCUCUAUGCUAAAACAAAGUGGACGCGGCAUCGAACGCCAACUUCAGUUCGACUCCUUGAAAGACGUCCAUAUGGCGGAGUACAUGUGCAAUGCCUCCAACUUCUAUAAUCGCGACAAGGAAGGCCGCAGAGUAGAUGUGCGUCAGGUUGUCCGUCUCACAGUCAUCUCCGUUCCCGACCCGGUAACCUUUGUGCAGAACAGCUCACAGACGACAGCAACUAGUGUUUCUUUCUCUUGGCUACCACCGGCUCAUGAUGGCAAUAAGGAAAUUCGACGUUACUGGAUCAGAUACUAUCAAGCGGAUUCAGCUGCCGGAGAGUCAAUUUCUGGACAGAGUAAACCGAACAGUGUCAUCGAAGUGCGACCCCAUGAACAUCAGGCGACAUUGACCGGUUUGCGGCCCUACACUAAAUACAACAUUGCUAUCAAGGCAGAGAACGAGGUCGGUUACAGUCUGGAGAACUCCCUUGUCCUCACCACACAGGAAGCAAAACCGGAAGGUCCAGUGCAGCAUUUGAAUGCAACUGGAACGGCCUCGGAUACGAUCUACGUAGCAUGGCAGAAACCGAAACCGGAGCUGCGCAACGGAAAUGUGGAUCGAUACUCGGUGUGCCAUCAGCGGGUGAAUGAGAGCCUCGUGGGGAGCAGUCAGAGCGACCUAGCACGGAUAUCGUGGCCGAGGGAUCUCAUUACGGAGGAUUCAAGUGUUUCGAGUGGAUCCAGUCAAAUCCACUGUGUCCUGAUGCAUCGCCAACAAGACACCGAGUUGACCGGCCUACCCAAAUUCACCGCCUACGCUAUCCGCAUCAUCGCUAUCAACAGCAAGGGCCAAUCGCCACCUGCCUACGUCUUGGCGCGGACCUUGGAGGAUUUACCUCAAGCAUCACCAACAAACGUCACUUGUUCCACACAGCAGCACAGCAUUACGGUAUCCUGGGAUCCGCCCAACUUUGAAACUGUGAAUGGAAUCUUGACGGAGUAUCUCGUCAAUUACUACAUUGCCAACAGCUUUGGAGGUUAG